AUUCUGGUUAUUGCGGGAAGGAGAUGGUUGGAUGAGAUCAACGGAAGAGUCUAUCAAUGGCGAGCACGACUACUACUACUGUCAUUAUUCCUUCCUCUCUCUUUCUCAAAACCAGGUCUCUAUUUCACCAUUAUCAAAGCUCAUGUUCUUCUUUCAAAUUCGACAUCGAAAAGCGUGCUCUCGGUCUUUGCUCGGCCAAGAAGAAACCCGGUUUUAUGGAUCAAAUUCUUGAUUACAUCGAAGGGGGUCCCAAGUUAAGGAAAUGGUAUGGAGCACCCGAGAUUCUCCCAAAAGAUGCAUCCAUUGUUGAAGACGAUGAUCAAUCAGAAGAAGAAGAAGAAGUUAGAGAUGCGGUUUUGGUUACUGAUGGAGAUAGCGAAAUAGGCCAGAUGGUAAUAUUGUCCUUGAUUGUCAAAAGAACUCGGGUUAGAGCACUAGUGAAGGAUAAGCGGGCUGCUCUUGAAGCCUUUGGAACUUAUGUUGAGUCAAUGUCUGGAGAUGCAAGUGACAGACCAUUUCUAAAGAAAGCUCUAAGAGGAGUUCGCACAAUAAUAUGCCCGAAUGAAGGUUUCUUAUCAAAUGUUGGGGGCUUGAAAGGGGUUGAACAUGUAAUUCUCUUAUCUCAGUUGUCUGCUUAUGGAGGUGCUAGUGGCGUUCAAGCUCUCAUGAAAAGCAAUGCGCGGAAAUUGGCUGAGCAAGAUGAAUCGAUGCUGAGGACCUCAGGAAUCCCUUACACCAUCAUUAGGGCCGGGUCCUUACAAAGCACUCCAGGUGGACAGCAAGGUUUUAGCUUUGAAGAGGGUAGUGCUGCGAGGGGAAAUCUUAGCAAGGAGGAUGCGGCCUUUAUUUGUGUGGAAGCUGUUGAGGCAGUCCCACAAAGAGGAUUCAUGUUUGAGGUGGUCAAUGGAGACGAGAAGGUUUCAGAUUGGCAAAAUCGUUUGGCUAAAUUGAUAGAGAAAGCAGACCAGAAGCUUCAGUAAUCACACCCAAACAACGUACAAAGAGGUGCCACUCGUUUAUUUUGACUUCUCUGGUAAUGCUCUCGUGGAGUGGUAUGCAUGUGAUGAGAAUAAAAGGGUGUAAAAGCGAGUUUGUUUUGAACAGAGCUGCUUACCUAUUCAUUCACGAUAGGUAAGAGUGACGAUUCAGAAAACACCACAAGGACUUGUGCUAAAUUUCUGGUUUCAAGUAGCUGUCAAAGCCCACCGCACAAGAUCUAGCAGGCUACGUCAACCAUUUCUUUUUCUUAUUUAAACUUAAAUGCGUCCCUCUUGUGUCUGAGAAAUCAUGAAUCAUGAUCUUGUUAUCGAGUUUCUUUACGUUCUUUAUCAUCAUCACAUGACAGUCCUAAAAACGAAAGCACGAGACUCGAGAGGUAAUCUCUUGCAACUAUAAGUUGUGUAUAUAUAUAUAUAUAUAUAAGUUGCAACUAUAAUCAUGUCUGAA